ACAGUUCUCUUUUAUUUCUUCCGCUUAUGAAAAACCACAGCCACAUCUCUCUCUCACACCUCAAUAUUCGGCUGUAAACUUGCGCUCACUUGUGAACGUACUCGUGAACAUAAACCACAGUUCCACGCUGACAACAGGACAUCACAGGUUUGAUAAUGGAGAAAGAAUCCACUUCGCCUCUAUAUCCUGGUCCUCAGGCAACCCAAGCAAGCGUGAACUUCCCUGGACAGCAGACGGCAUAUACGACUCAAGCAGAUCCGUCAAAUUCUCUUUACCCCCCUCCACCCCCAUAUGGAUUGGGAGGUCUACCCACUAAUGUCCAGCAGCCCAUGGCGGUUCCUGUAGUUACACAGGUGGUGGUGAUGCCCACUCUCACUGAAGUACCGGGUCGCAUUAUCUGUCCUCACUGCCAUCAGGAUAUCAUCACGGAAACUGAACACCUCAAUGGUUUGCUCACCUGGUUAAUCUGCGGAACCCUCGCUGUCUUUGUGUGCUGGCCAUGCUGUUGCAUCCCGUUCUGUGUGGACGCAUGCAAGGAUGUAAAGCACAGCUGUCCAAACUGCAAAAACGUCAUUCGCCUUUACAAACGAGUGUAGCACAAUCUGCACUAGAGAACAUGCGGUACCACAGGUGAACCAAGAUGUGGUUUUGAAACUUUGACUCUUUCAAACCUCGGUAUACCUUGAAACCUGUAUUCGGCCUAUGCCUAGUUGUAAACAGAUUUAGCAUGACUAUGAUUUGACGACUUUCUGUGAAUAUGGUGGGAGACUGAAUGUUUGUCUUUCUGUUGUCUAUAGCUCAAUAAGUUCAUUAACUUCACACCAUACAUUAUUGGUAAAAGACAAUCAAAAAUAUAACAUGUCCGAAUAUUUCCUACAAAUAUUAGUAUAUUGUAUAUUCAUAUAUUAGAAUAUUGUCAGACUGGCUAAUUUAAGAUACCAGCAAAAAGACAAACAAAAUGAGGAAAGAGAUGAUACAUAAAUAAUUUCGUACAGUACAUGUCAAGAUAAUCAAAAGAUGUGCCUCCACUACCAAGAAUCACAAUGAUCUAGGAUUUGAAUCAAAGUCUUUGUGAUUUCACUGAUAUGUUAUGUUGGGUAUGUAAUUGUGCCAUCUCUGCAACAUAAAAAACAAACAUCAAAAUAUAGAGAAUAUUAAUAUAAAACAAUAUCAUUUACCUUGCAACAUUUUGCACAUGUAAUACCUGUUUGGACUGUGAAAUAAGAACGCUAUCUUUGCAAACCUAUCAAUUGAACCAGCAAUAAAUAUUUGCAUGUGGUGAUAAGUUUCUAAGAAUGUACGAUAUUUGUAGAUGACACCACGUGAUGUGCAUAUGCCACAGAAAUGAAUAUGCAUUGUACACCUAUGGCAUCACAUUAUAGCAAAUCGUGCUAACUUAUACAUUGUAUGUAAACAUAUUAUCUUUGUAUUUUUCUAUUGACGUUCAAUAAAAAAAUGCAUUGUACACCUACAU